AUGCAGAAUCCGCCCAAGGAAGGAAGAAUGCAUCCAGGGUUAUCGGGUCUUGACCACAAGCGUUAUCGCCGAAUAAUCUGUAAAAGAAGGCUGCUAAUCUUCACCGUUGUACUCGUCGGCACCUUCUUCCUGUGGCAUGCUCUGGGAGGAACGUCACCUUCGGGAUCUGAAACGCGGCGGUAUUCGAAAGACCUGAAGACAUACCCCAAGAGGACAGAUAUUCCAGAGAGCGAGUGGAAAGAGACCAGCGUCGUCCUUGCUGUGCCAUUGAAGGUUGGGGCACCGGACAACCAGACACCGACGUCGAGGAUAGUCACAGCAUUGAGAAAACCAGAUGGCGACAAUAAAGUAUCCUCCAAUGCAAACUUGCAUCCCAAGGAUUUCUCGAUAAUUGGUCAGCAUGCGCGAGUCGAAACACGAUCCUUGGCCAAACAACAGCAACUCGGAUCUUUGCCAUUCCAGCGCCAGCCCGAGAUGGAGGCUGCACUGAGUCGUGUGGUCACAAGCCUGCCGGGUGAGAUGCAUAUGCGUGAUCUCCUUAGGCCAGUCGAAGGGACAGGAAAGGAAAAACUUCACGAGAUGGGUCUCCGUACUCGAUCCUACGGAGAGUUCUUCCAGAUCUGGGAAGACUUGCAUAUUGUGUCAGAUCCUGAUGGAACAUCAUAUGUCAGAAAUGAUAUAGUGCAAUAUUUGACUAGACUGAGAGAAAGCCCUGGCCUCGCGACCCAAGGGGCUGGGAUUUUUUCAUCAAUGACAACCGGGCAAAUCAUCAGGACUUACGAAACUUACAGGCACUUUUUGGCGAAGUUCGGGCAGCUGUUGUUUCCCUAUACAUCACCGUUCUUUCCCGACCAUAUGUCGUUACAUCUCCAAUUCAAGAACGCACAACGAGGGAUAGUUUUGACAGCAGGUGAUGACCAAGCCCACUUUCUGAUGACGACCAUUUACUCAUUCCGAAAGCUUGGCUGCACCUUACCCAUUGAGGUGAUGUAUCUCGGCGACUCGGACCUUUCAGAAGACUAUCGUGCAGAGCUAGAGGCUAUUGAGGGUGUUGUCACUCGAGAUGUAUCUCAAAUGGUAAAUGACGAAGGUUGGAAGCUGGCAGGGUGGGCCAUCAAAGCGUUUGCGAUUCUUUUUUCCAGUUUCCGGGAAGUCAUAUUCAUCGACGCCGACAGUGCAUUUUUCCAAGACCCAGCGGUGCUUUUCGACGAUCUAGAGUAUCAAAAAACCGGGGCUCUUUUCUUCAAAGACCGGCUGAUGAUGCCCGAGUCCAAGAAGCGAUGGGUGCAGCAAGUGCUACCCAAGCCGUUCUCACCACAGGUGAAACAGAACCGAUUCUGGACCGGCGAGAGCGCACACAUGCAAGAGUCAGGUGUUGUUGUUGUCGACAAAUGGAAGCACUUUCUCUCCAUGCUGUUGGUGACAAGAAUGAAUGGCCCUGACCGUGAUGGCGAUGAAGACCAAGGGAUCGUCGGGGUAUACGACAUGGUAUAUGGCGAUAAAGAAACCUUCUGGUUAGGUUGGGAACUUAGUGGCGAUUUCAAAUACGCAUUCCACAAGGGGGAUGCAGGGACUAUGGGCGUUGUUAAUCAAACCCAUCACGUUGACAUUGAAGUUGAGACCUCGUCAGAAGAAGAUCAUACAGGAGAUCAACAGAGAGAUCAACACCACCAGGGCCACGAUGGGCCAUCAAACGACAAUUUCACCAUCUGCGCACCACAAUUGCUUCACCUGGACACCAACGGCAAACCCCUCUGGUUCAACGGUUGGGUCCUCGACAAUAAAUUUGCCGACAAGUCACACAAGCAAUUCGCAGUAUUUGAGGAUUAUGUGGUAGAGCCGCACAACUGGGUUGGUGAGGAUGCAUGGCAGCUACAGCAGGACAAUCAAUGCUGCUUGACGACUUAUCCGGGGCUGAAGUUUGAAUUUACGAAAGCCGAGAAAGGAGUGCUCAGCAUGAUCAUCGACCGAGCUAAAGACAUUGAGGCUGCGGUUUUGUCAUAG